GGCACAUUGGUGAAUAGUAUUCAAGGGUUGAAUACGGAUGAAUCGUCGCUGAUCGGAGAGAAAGCGUUAAUUGUGGACAAAAAUUUGGAUAUGUUGAGACUGGGAAUUGAAGAAGCUCAGGUAAUGCGGAUAACCCCCUCAGUUGAACGACUGCAUUGA